CACUGCACAAUUAUCAAAAGUCAUUAUGAAGCGCACAAACUCGGUGCAAGUUUCCAGAAAUUCGUCAUGUCAGUCUUGUCUAGAGUCCCAAGUAAUAAGGAACUAUGAUGCUAAUCUUGAUCGCCAAAUUUCUUAUUUUAAUAACAUGUUGUGAUGCGAUGACCAUGAAGCAGAUAAAAGCUACCGGGAAAACUAUACGAAAAACAUGUCAACCAAAAAACAACGUGGCAGAUGAAAAAAUUGAUCCUCUAGCCAAAGGGGAGUUUAUCGCGGAGAAAGAAGUUAUGUGUUACAUGGCUUGUGUUAUGAAAAUGGCUGGCACCGUCAAAAAUGGAAAAUUGAGCUACGAUGCCGCGAUAAAGCAGGCAGACAUGCUCUUACCGGAGGAAAUCAAAGAGCCCGCGAAGGCGGCUUUGACUGCGUGCAAGAAAGUUCCGGACGGCUACAAAGAUAUCUGCGAAGCUGCAUUUCACGUAACAAAAUGUGUUUACAACCACAAUCCUGACAUAUUUUUCUUUCCUUAAUAAAUUUUCGUGUAAGUAGUGGCU